AUGAGUUCUCAGAAUUUAAUGUCGAGUGAAAAAGAGAAGAUUCGAAGGUUUUGUAGCUUCCAUAGCGAUGGAGCAUCUAGCACAGAGGUAGGCAGCGGGGCUGCCAGGGGUUAUGACAGCGUGGAGGUCCUGGUCAAGCCAGCUAUGGGUGCCAGAGAAAAGGCGGCGCUGAUGUGGGGUCGCAGAGCGACCGGAGGGGCGCUGAUAGAGUGGUGUUUUGUGGUGUUGGGUUGCGCUGAAGAGGCGCAUAUAAGGCCGGGUGCUGCUGGAGGGGCAACCAUGGCACUAGGCGUUGCUGGAAGGGCACUUAUGGUACUGGUCGCUGUUGGAGGGCGCCCAUUUUGCCGACCACAACUAGAGAGAUGUCCAUAG